CUGUCGGUGCUGGGCGCGCUGGCGCUGGUGCUGCUGGCGGCGCUGGCGCUGGCCACGCUGGCCUGGAACGGGCUGGUGCUGGCCACGAUCCUGCGGGUGCGCGCCUUCCACCGCGUGCCGCACAACCUGGUGGCGUCGCUGGCCGCCUCCGACGUGCUGGUGGCGGCGCUGGUCAUGCCGCUGAGCCUGGUGCACGAGCUGGCGGGGCGGCGCUGGCGCCUGGGCCGGCCGCUGUGCCAGGCCUGGGUGUCGGUGGACGUGCUGUGCUGCACCGCCAGCAUCUGGAACGUGGCGGCCAUCGCGCUCGACCGUUACUGGUCCAUCACGCGGCACCUGCACUACACGCUGCGCGCCCGCCGCCGCCUCUCCAACCUCAUGAUCGGCCUGGCCUGGGCGCUGUCCGCCGUCAUCUCGCUGGCGCCGCUGCUCUUCGGCUGGGGCGAGACGUACUCGGCGGGCAGCCAGCAGUGCCAGGUCAGCCGCGAGCCCUCCUACGCCGUCUUCUCCACCUUCGGCGCCUUCUACGUGCCGCUGGCCGUGGUGCUCUUCGUCUACUGGAAGAUCUACAAGGCCGCCAAGUUCCGCAUCGGCUCCCGCAAGAGCAACUCCAUCACGCCGCUCUCGCCCGGAGCCCUGCAGGUGAAGGAAGCCUCCCAGCAACCACAGAUGGUCUUCACCGUUCGUCAUGCCACUGUUACCUUCCAGACUGACGGGGACACGUGGAGGGAGCAGAAGGAGAAGAAAGCUGCCCUCAUGGUGGGCAUCCUUAUUGGGGUCUUUGUGCUGUGCUGGAUCCCCUUUUUCAUCACAGAACUCAUCAACCCUCUCUGCUCCUGUGACAUCCCUCCCCUUUGGAAGAGUAUUUUUCUAUGGCUCGGCUAUUCAAAUUCCUUUUUUAAUCCACUGAUCUACACAGCAUUCAACAAAAACUACAACAAUGCCUUCAGAAACCUGUUCUCCAGACAGCACUGAGCAGCUGGAAAGAAAAGGAAAGAAAAGCACCCUGAUUCACCCUCUACCCUUCUUAGCAAAUCCGACACAGGCAGAAAAGCCCUGAUGCUCAAUGCCAGCAACGCAGAUAUCGCCAGACUCAAAGACUGCUCCAGAAAUUCAGCUGUCCUCACAGACUCUGCCCCACCUUCUACUUUUCCACACUUCAAGUCAGUCUCAUUUAGCACUUGUCCUGCAAACAGUGCACAAGAUACUAUACCAGAAUAUCCUUUUCCGGUACGUGACUGUCUGCACCCUCUCCUCUUUGCUGAUGGUGGCCAGGAGGAGUCUGGGGACAAGAGUAAGGCAAUCAGUGUGAUGUCAAGGGACUGUCUACAACCCAGCGCCCGCUGGCUGCUCUCUGCAUCUCAGAACUUUAAUUUUCACCUUUUCAUGUGCAAAGUCAGACACCUUUCUUGCGACUGUGUGAAACCAGGUCCUACUAUUUUGUUGAAAAGACUGUGCCUUUCAGAGGUGAAGAAUGGAGUGUGUGUUGCAAACAGAGAUAAGUUUUACCCCUAAAAAGGGCUGUGUCCCCCAAAUCCAAACACAUGAGAGAGAUGCAAGAAAAAGCUUCUGCAUAGUGGGUCUGUCAGUGGGGAGGGUUUGCCAUUAGAUUCUAUGGAGCAAGUUUUUCUGCAUUUUAUUUAUUGUGGAAACUUAAUGCAUGAGGCACAGGAGGGAGAGAGAGAAAGCAGGGUGAACCCACCUCUCUCAUUUUCAUGCUGCCGAACUGAAAACAUCUGUUUCAUGCAUUUCCUGAGUUAGUUACAAUUAGAUGUUCCUUAGCUGUAAAUGUUAAGUGUAAUAUCUGUGUCACACAAGGGACAUUAUACUAAUUCCUGGAUGUAGUUUAAAAAGUUUUAGGGCAGAUCUUCUGCAGCUACUUGGGGAGAAAAAAAUGUAUUUCAAAACUCGCAUCAGUUAAGAGCUGGGUUUUGCUUUUUAAGGGUGUGACUCAGUUCCCACUAAAGUCAAAGGAAAGUCUCCAGUGACAGCUGGUGUUGGGUUGGGGACUACAUGCAUGUAGUGACCAGUGUAGUCUCACGCUGGCAGCCUAAGUCUUCUAGGAAUAUACCAGAGGGGAAGCCUGGCUUGGACAGCCGCCAGGCUUCUGUGCUUUAAGUACAGCCAGUCACCAGACCUGCCUUCCCUCUCAGGCAGGAUCAUUUGGAAAUAAUAUCCUUAUUUCACCCUUUCUCCUGUACGAAUUGGCCUUGGCUGCUAGAGAUUGUUUUGCUUCCUUAGCACCCUUUCACAACAUAAUUAUAGCAGCCGGCAUUUCACACAAUCACAGAAAUAAAGAUAGAUUUUUGUACCUUAAGAUGACAAGUUUUCAGAUACAGAACAUUUCCAUUAAGUGUCAGUUCUUGAGGUACAAUCUGUACAGUCAAAUUGGAAUUGGAGAAGACUUUAAGAUGGGAAUCAGAGUGACAUGAUUUCAAACUCUGAUCUCUCCGGAAGCAGAGAUAAGAGAAAAAAACCCAGCAACCCUGUUAUAAAUCAGUGGUUAGCUUUCUAGGGAUGUCUAGGUUCAGUGGUGGUUCAUGAAACAGCAAACCGUAAAGCUACUCCUAGCUCUUCAAAACUAGGCAAACAUCUUGGCCUGGCUCGUGAAAUGUCGUUUAGCUUUCAGCAUUGUGACCAAUGUGUCCCUAAGGCUCCACCAGUUGCAGGUGGAAAUAAUGGAAGCAGGUUCCAGCUAUCAGAAACACGGGGUGAAAUUCUGGCUCUGCUGAAGGCAAAACUCUCAUUGAUCUCAAAGGGGGCAGCAUUUCACCAGAAGUCUCUUACACUGGUAUUUCUUCUUCUUUUUUUUUGUAUUAAUUAUAGGAGCAAGAGAAUGAGUGGGAGUCCCCUUGAGCAGGUUCUCGGAUCAAAGUUUUGUGCUAAACAUGAACAAACUCUAACGAAAAGCUUUCUGAUGCAUUUGUUGUAUGGUUUCAAACUAUUUAAACUAUUUUGAAAAGUAGCUUGAUUGUAUCUGAUAUUCAAAUAAACUGCUGAACCACAUUCUCAUUGAUGAUGAUCAGCUUGCAUGCUCUGUCAGCACAUGACUAUGAAAAAAAAAGGAAAAUUGGUUUCUAUUGAGAAAUUAUGACCUUUUUUUGGUUCAAAGUCGCAAUGGCAAGAACAGCAGGAAACUAAUGCUCUGCUCAUCAUCCAGGGCAGAGCUUUACCAGCUGGUGAAAGUAGGAUUGAGACUCAAGAGGUCUGGGCAGCUCUGUUACACAACAGUCACAACCUACCACUUCAUUGCUUGCAUUGUCCAUCAUACCCAUUGUUCUUUUUUGUGCAAGGUUUUGCACUUAACCAUGAAUAAAUGACAAAUAUAAACUCA